UCACUGGACACUGUGAACAUCCACGGUCACCACUUCAUGCAUAAUGGACCUUCCAUGUGUAUGGACAUGUGCAGAUUCAUUGAGAGUAACAAACUAGAGACUACAUCCAAAUAUGCCUUCAGAGGACUCAGGGACCUGACUCACUUGUCUGUGGCCUCAGAAUCGUUGUCUGUUGACACAUUCAGCUAUAAGAAUGAUGUCUAUGUGGCCAUUUCUGCUCCCAGCACAGAGAGCUGUAUGAUUUUCCAGUGGGACCACAUAGAAAUGAACUUCAGGACUUAUGAUAACAUCACAGGUCAGUCCAUUGUGGGGUGCAAAUCUGUCAUCAUCAAAUAUGAGGUGUUUGUCAUUGUGGCUCAGCUGUUUGGUGGUUCCCACAUUUACAAGUUUGAUGACGACCAAAGCAGGUUCAAUAAGUUCCAGGAUAUCGAAGUGUCCAAGAUCUCUAAGCCCAAUGAUAUUGAGGCCUUCCAGAUUGGCUCUGAUUGGUUCUUUGUGAUUGCUGACAGCUCAAAAGCUGGCCUCUCCACCCUCUACAAGUGGAAUGAUAAUGGCUUUUAUUCGUACCAGUCACUGCACGAGUGGUACCGCGACACGGAUGUAGAGUUUCUGGACUUGGAUGGGAAAGCUCACCUUAUUCUAGCGAGCCGCUCACAGGUUCCAGUGAUCUACCAGUGGAGCCGGAGCAACCAGAAGUUCAUCCUGCAGGGUGAGAUCCCCAACAUGGAGGAUGUAGUGAUUGUGAAACACUUCCGGAUCAAGGAGGAGCUCUACCUGGCUAUGACGCGGUAUAUCGGUGAUUCCAAAGUUCUGCGUUGGGGCACCAAACAGUUUGCUGAGAUCCAAGCUUUGCCCUCUCGAGGCUCCAUGAUUCUCCAGCCGUUCUCUUUCAAGGAACGUUACUAUCUGGCUCUGGGAAGCGACUACACCUUCUCACAGAUCUACCUGUGGGAUGAGGACAACAAAAUCUUUGACCGCUUUAAGGAGGUGUACAUCCAAGCCCCACGCUCUUUCACCGUGGUAUCUACCGACCGCAGGGACUUUAUUUUUUCCUCGAGCUUCAAGGGAAACACGCAGAUCUUUGAGCACAUCAUCAUCGACCUGAGCUUGUGAGGGGCUGUGCCUUAUCGUCGCGUCUGAAAUCAAAUGUCUUCCACUUGAAAGACAAAUUCAAGAAGGAAGAAAAAUUUAUAAACUGUUAAAUAUCCACACCUUCAUAGAUUUCACUCACAAAUUAGAGCUGGGUCAAGAUAUAUUGUGACUAUUUCUGAAUGGCCUUGCAAUCAUGGAUCCUCAGACUUUCUGAAGUACUACCCUUUCAUAACUACUUCUAUUCUCUUAAAAAUACCACUGAAGUUCAUGAUGGGUUAAAAAAGAGACAUUUAAUUGAAUCUAUCUGGAUUUAUCUUUUAUUGUUUAAUAUCUUUCUCUCAGUAGUUUUAUGCAGCUAUAAAAAUACAUCAGGACCUGAAUGAACGUAACAAAUUUAUUCUGAUUUGCGGUGACUGAUGAUGGAUUGAAUGAUUUUGCCACCUACCUGUAUCCUCAUACCCUGUGGUAACGUACAGUACCUUGCCUUGUCAACACUGGGGUCUUUUGUUUGAUGGU